AUCUUUUAUAAAGAUGAUAAAAUGUUUGUGUUCCAAUUUACCGCCAUCGGCGAAAAUAGUCACUAUCGAAGAGUUUCAUAAGGCACAACGAGCCGAGGGACUUGCUAAUGUGUUGGCCAUCGGAACAGCCAAUCCUUCCAAUUGUAUCGAUCAAAGCACCUAUCCUGACUAUUUUUUUCGUAUCACUAAUAGUGAACAUAAGAGUGAACUUAAACGAAAGUUUAAGCAAAUGUGUGCUAAAACAAUGAUUAAGAAAAGAUAUUUGCAUUUAACCGAGGAAAUCUUGAAGAAGAAUCCUAAUAUUUGUGAUUACAAUACACCUUCUUUUGAUGCUAAACAAAAAAUAACAAUUAUCGAGGUUCCAAAACUAGGCCAAGAGGCAGCCCAAAAGGCUAUCAAAGAAUGGGGCCAGCCCAUAUCUAAGAUUACACAUUUGGUCUUUUGCACCACUAGUGGUGUGGACAUGCCAGGGGCCGACUCCCAGCUCACCAAACUUCUUGGGCUAGAUCCAUCAGUUAAGCGAUUCAUGUUGUACCAACAAGGUUGCUCUGGUGGUGCAGCUGUUCUUAGAUUGGCUAAGGAUUUGGCUGAAAACAACAAGAAAGCUCGUGUCCUUGUUGUUUGCUCAGAAUUAAUAAAUUUGAUGAGCUUUCAAGGCCCAAGGGACACUGACUUAGAUGUUUUGGUUGGGCAAGCUUUUAGUAGCGAUGGGGCAUCAGCUGUCAUUAUUGGUUCAGAUCCUAUCAUACCAAUAGAAAGGCCUUUGUUUGAACUUGUAUUCACAACUCAAACUCUUCUCCCAAAUAGCGAAAGUGCUAUUUAUUCUAACCUAAGUGAGGCUGGGUUAAUAAUCCAUAUACAUAAGGAAGUUCCGAUGCUAAUUUCAACAAAUAUUGAGAAAAUCUUACUGGAAGGAUUUCAGCCUCUUGGCAUUUCUGAUUGGAACUCCAUCUUUUGGGUAGCUCAUCCAGGCGGACGUGCAAUUUCAGAUCAAAUUGAAUUAAAAUUGGGCCUAAAGCCCGAAAAACUCAAAGCUACAAGAAAUGUCUUGAGUGGCUAUGGGAAUAUGGGUUGUGCCACCAUACUGUUUGUUUUGGAUGAGAUGAGGAAAGCUUCUAUCAGUGAAGGAUUGAUUAGCACAGGCGAAGGGCUUGAGUGGGGCGUGCUUUGUUGUUUUGGGCCUGGCCUAACUAUGGAGGCAGUCGUCCUUCGCAGUAUUUCUAUUUAG